AAUUUAACCUAAUGCUCAUUUCGGCCACCGUCCGCUGGAAAAACUCGACUGGAGCUUCGAAGUAAGUAACUCUUUUCUUCUACUCUAAGUUAUUGGUGCUUUUGUCAAUUUCGACCUUUAUGAAUGACUAAUCUCGGAGGAAGAUGAAAACAGAGAGAUACGACGCCAACAUCUCCUUCCCUAGUUUGCAUAGUUUUUCAGAAACUAAUGGAGUUUGUUGGUUACUGCUCUAUAUUGUGCAUAAUGAUCAACCCUUAGAAUUCCUUAAGAUUUGUGAGAAAACAAUCUUAAGAGCUUUGUGUUCAUAUAUCAAUUCCUUUAUUGAGAAUGAAUCGAGCAUUGCAGCCAAAACAUGUAGCUGCUGUAAUAAGAUAUCAAAAUGAUCCCCUUAAAGCACUCAAAAUGUUCAACCAAGUGAAAACAGAAGAUGGUUUCAAGCACACAUUGGUAACGUAUAAGUGCAUGAUUGAGAAGCUUGGGCUUCAUGGAGAGUUUGAAGCCAUGGAGGAUGUGCUUGCUGAAAUGAGGAAGAAUGUCGACAAUAAAAUGCUUGAAGGAGUUUAUAUUGGAAUUAUGAGGGACUAUGGAAGGAAAGGAAAGAUUCAAGAAGCUGUGAAUGUGUUCGAAAGGAUGGAUUUUUAUGACUGUGUGCCAUCGGUUCAAUCAUAUAAUGUAAUCAUGAACAUUUUAGUUGACUACGGGUAUUUCAAUCAAGCUCACAAAGUGUAUAUGAGGAUGAAAGAUAUUGGAAUUCUUCCCGAUGUUUAUACUCACACAAUUAGGAUAAAGUCUUUUUGUAGAACUGGUAGGCCGAGUGCUGCACUAAGGCUGCUUAAUAACAUGCCUGGCCAGGGAUGUGAAUUCAAUGCUGUUUCAUAUUGUGCUGUGAUCGGUGGCUAUUAUGAAGAGAACUGCCAAAUUGAGGCGUAUCAUUUGUUCCACGAAAUGCUCCAGCAAGGUAUUUGUCCUGAUAUUUUAACAUUCAAUAAGCUCAUCCAUGUUCUUUGUAAGAAGGGUAAUGUUCAAGAAAGUGAAAAACUCUUCAACAAGGUCCUGAAGAGGGGAGUGUGCCCAAAUCUGUUCACAUUCAAUAUCUUCAUUCAGGGUCUUUGUAGAAAAGGUGCAAUAGAUGAGGCUGCUAGAUUGUUGGAGAGUAUCAUAUCAGAAGGUCUAACUCCCGAUGUAGUUUCGUAUAACACACUAAUUUGUGGCUUCUGUAAACAUUCGAAGCUAGUAGAAGCAGAGUGUUAUUUGCGUAAAAUGGUGAAUAAUGGGUUUGAGCCCAAUGAAUUUACCUAUAAUACAAUUAUUGAUGGAUUUUGCAAGAUGGGUAUGAUGCCAAAUGCAGAUAAAAUUCUCCGUGAUGCAAUGUUUAAGGGGUUCGUGCCUGAUGAAUUCACCUAUAGCUCUUUAAUUAAUGGAUUAUGCAAUGAUGGAGAUAUGAACCGAGCCAUGGCUGUAUUUAAUGAGGCAAUGGAAAAAGGAUUUAAGCAUAGCAUUAUUCUCUAUAAUACACUAGUAAAAGGGUUGUCCCAGCAGGGACUUGUUUUGCAGGCCUUGCAGCUGAUGAAAGAUAUGCUGGAGCAUGGUUGUAGCCCUGAUAUUUGGACUUACAAUCUAGUUGUGAAUGCGCUGUGCAAGAUGGGUUGUCUAUCUGAUGCCAGUGAAUUUCUGAACGAUGCAAUUGCCAAAGGUUGUAUUCCUGAUAUAUUUACCUUUAAUACAUUGAUUGAUGGUUACUGUAAACACCUUAACUUGGACAAAGCCAUUGAGACUUUAGACACAAUGUUGAGUCAUGGUAUAACUCCUGAUGUGAUUACAUAUAACACGCUCUUAAAUGGCCUUUGCAAGGCAAAAAAGCUAAACAAUGUGGUGGACACUUUUAAAGCGAUGCUCGAGAAGGGGUGUAUACCGAACAUAAUUACCUACAACAUAUUGAUUGAAAGUUUUUGUAAAGCUCGAAAAGUUGGCGAAGCAAUGGACUGGUUUGAGGAGAUGAAAACUAGAGGCUUGAACCCAGAUAUUGUUACCCUUUGCACCUUGAUUUGUGGGUUAUGCAGUAAUGGAGAGCUGGAGAAAGCUUAUCAGCUAUUUGUGAAAAUAGAAAAAGAAUACAAAUUCUCAUAUUCAACGGCUAUAUUCAACAUUAUGAUCAAUGCCUUUUGUGAAAAGUUAAAUGUCAGUAUGGCAGAGAGGCUCUUUCAUAAGAUGGGUGGCUGUGGCUGUGCUCCAGACAGUUACACCUAUCGUGUCAUGAUAGAUACAUACUGCAAAACAGGGAACAUUGACCCUGCACAAACUUUUCUCCUGGAAAAUGUCAAUAAAGGAUUGGUUCCAUCAUUUACAACCUGUGGAAGGGUUCUGAACUGUCUUUGUGUGAAGCACAGAUUAAGUGAGGCAGUGGGUAUUAUAAACCUUAUGGUGCAGAAUGGCAUUGUUCCGGAAGAAGUGAACUCAAUUUUUGAAGCUGACAAGAAGGAAGUAGCUGCACCUAAAAUUGUUGUGGAGCAUCUAAUGAAGAAGUCCCAUAUCACAUACUAUAGUUAUGAACUGUUGUAUGAUGGAAUUCGGGAUAGAAAGUUGGAUAAGAAAAAGUUGUUGGACAAGAAAAAGUUCAAGAGAAGCCCUUCCCUAGGUCCAGGGAAGGGGCAUUUGAAUCUUCAUAGACCUAUAUAAAAGAUCAUAAUGGACAGUGAAUCGUCUUGGAAAUCCACAAAGAUUGAUUGCCUACAGUUUCAUAAAUAGCAAGGCAUCCAGUUAUGUGUAGAAGCACAGGUGAGAAGGUAUAGAAUCUGCAGACGAUGUCUAAGGAUAAUUGUGCAUUUUACUAUUGAAAAUGUA